GUUUUAUAACCCUAAAUUGUCAUACUUACGUCAUCAGUAUAAAAAGUAAAAAAUAUUAAUGAAUUAUAUGAGUGAGAUUAUUUAUAUUUUCCUAACUGUUUAUAUACAUAUUUAUGGAUCACUUAGUAAAUUUGCUGAAAAUCGAAUUAUAGGAGGAUACGAAUGCAGUCGUCAUAGUCCCAAAGUAAAUUACGAAUUUAUGGUAGUUCUAACCGACUAUUGGGGAAAGCAUAUAUGCGGAGGUAGUUUACUGAAUUCAAAGUGGGUUUUGUCUGCGGCCCAUUGUUUUGACGCUACGCACUAUUCAUAUCAUAUUUGUGAUUCGUUUACAAGACAAAAAUGUAUUAAGCCUGAUGGAAUAUUGAGAGAAGAAUGUCCAGUUCAUGAUAUUCGACACGUAUAUGUGCAUCCAAAAUAUGUACACAACAAAGAUAUUCUAUUCAAUGAUAUAGCAUUGCUACGUUUAAAUACACCCAUGCAUCUCAAAAUAAAUCUUCGGUAUGUGCAACUUCCCCAUGCAUUUAUAGUUGGAGAUGUAUCAGAUAUAUGUGAUAUUAGCACACUUAUGGGAUGGGGAGUAACAGAUCGAAAUAAUAAAAGGCUUCCUUCCAUGAAUUUAUUGUGUGUAGAUAUAAGAAUCAUGUCAUAUGAGGACUGUCGCAUAAAGUUUAGACUAAUGAAAAUGAGCAUGUUAUGUACUGAACCGAGCAUGGUUAAAGACACUUGUUAUGGAGAUUCUGGAGGUCCUAUGAUGUGCAACGACGUUCAGUAUGGCAUAACAUCUUGGGGCUGGGAGUGUGCAAUGGGAAAGCCGGCAUUUUAUACCAGAGUAGACCAUUACUUAGAUUUUAUUAAUUACACUAUGGAAAAUAAUGCAAUACGGAUAAGUUUACAUUUUUUAAUGUUUGCUCUAUUUUUUUUACUUUUUAUAUAAUUUACGAUAUUGAAAUAAGUAGUCUCUGUGUCACCAGGUCGGAAUCGCAGUGAGUCCAGUAGAAAAAUUUUGGCAAACCAUAGUUGAAAAUGAAAAGGAGUACAAUUAUAAAAACCAGUAAGUCAGAAUAACAAGGGAGGAUAGUCAGAGCGAGAGAAUAAAUCUAAGAGAUAUACCACUAUACAUCAACCAUGCGUGCCUGCUGUAUAUUUAGUAAUUGUAGUAUUUUGUAAUUGUGAUUUAUGAUUACUCAAUUUAAUUUUGAUUAGUACUGGACUUCUUUUUAUUAAUAAAAUGGAGAAGUUUGUUAGUAAACGAGGUGGAAUGUGACGCAUUUAUACUAAUUUCGUUACUGUAGAUAGAAC